GGGAACAAACCAAAUCUCUCUCUUCUCCAUUAGAGCCAAAAGCUUGAAGCAGCCAUUAGCCUAAGAAACCUUCAAAAAUGGCUUCCAUGGCUGCAAUCUUAAGCAAAACUCCAUUCCUCUCUCAACCACUCACCAAACCAUCUCCAACCUCCGAUCUCCCCUUCGCCGCCGUAUCCUUCCCUUCCAAAUCCCUACGCCGCCGCAACGGAUCAAUCCGAGCAGGAUUAAUCGCGCCUGACGGAGGGAAGCUUGUGGAGCUCAUCGUCGAAGAGCCAAAGCGACGGGAGAAGAAACACGAGGCGGCGGAGCUGCCACGUGUUGAGCUGACGACGAUUGACUUGCAAUGGAUGCAUGUAUUAAGCGAAGGCUGGGCAAGUCCACUCGGAGGUUUCAUGAGAGAAUCCGAGUUCCUCCAAACUCUUCAUUUUAACUCGCUACGUCUUGACGACGGCUCCGUCGUUAACAUGUCGGUGCCUAUUGUUCUCGCUAUUGACGAUGAGCAAAAGGCACGUAUCGGCGAGUCUAAACGUGUCGCUCUUUUUGAUUCCGAUGGUAAUCCCGUCGCUAUCCUCAGCGACAUUGAGAUUUAUAAGCAUCCAAAGGAAGAAAGGAUAGCUAGAACAUGGGGUACGACUGCUCCAGGAUUGCCUUAUGUAGAUGAGGCGAUAACAAAUGCUGGAAACUGGCUUAUUGGGGGUGAUCUUGAGGUUCUUGAGCCAGUUAAGUACAAUGAUGGGCUUGAUCGUUUCAGGCUUUCGCCUGCUGAGCUACGUAAAGAGUUGGAGAAGCGUAAUGCGGAUGCUGUGUUUGCUUUCCAGCUGAGGAAUCCGGUUCACAAUGGUCAUGCGCUUCUUAUGACUGAUACUCGUAGGAGACUUCUUGAGAUGGGAUACAAAAACCCUAUUCUUUUGCUUCAUCCGUUAGGAGGGUUCACAAAGGCUGAUGAUGUUCCUCUAGAUUGGAGGAUGAAGCAACACGAGAAGGUGCUAGAAGAUGGUGUUCUUGAUCCAGAGACUACAGUGGUUUCAAUAUUCCCUUCUCCUAUGCAUUACGCUGGUCCAACCGAAGUGCAGUGGCACGCAAAGGCUAGAAUCAAUGCUGGUGCUAACUUUUACAUUGUGGGUCGUGAUCCAGCGGGGAUGGGUCAUCCUGUAGAGAAACGUGAUCUUUACGAUGCUGAUCAUGGAAAGAAAGUACUAAGCAUGGCACCAGGACUCGAACGACUCAACAUCCUUCCAUUUAGGGUUGCUGCAUAUGACAAGACACAAGGCAAGAUGGCUUUCUUCGAUCCCUCGAGGCCUCAAGAUUUCUUGUUCAUCUCUGGCACUAAGAUGCGCACAUUGGCAAAGAACAACGAAAACCCGCCAGACGGUUUCAUGUGCCCAGGUGGAUGGAAAGUUCUGGUGGAUUACUAUGAGAGCUUGACUCCAGCAGAAUACAUAAUCUUUAGUCAAAAUCACAGUUUCAGGCUGAAGAAAAUGUUCAUCAAAGUGAAAUUGCCAUGGGAUGUUACAAUUCCAGCUGAAGAUAUGGACACUGGUCUUAUGCUCCAGAGAGCUAUUGUCAUUCGCCUACUCGAAGCCUUUGGUACCAAGAAAGCAACAAAAGAUCUUGGAUAUUUGAUAACACCCACAAUUCUUGAGAACAUCGGCGAGGGUAAGAUCAAGGAACAGACAGGCGAAAUUCAAUUUCCCGUAGUUUUCAACGGAAUCUGCUUCAAGAUGUUUAAAGGAGAGGUUGUUCAUGGUGUGGUGCACAAGGUGCACAAGAGCGGUGUCUUUUUGAGAUCUGGCCCUUAUGAAAUCAUUUACCUAUCACACGUGAAAAUGCCCGGUUACGAGUUCAUUCCAGGAGAAUACCCGAUUUUCAUGAAUCAGAACAUGUCCCGGAUUCAAAUCGGCGCCACAGUUCGUUUCAUCGUGUUAGAUACCGAGUGGAGAGAGGCAGAGAAAGACUUCAUGGCUUUGGCCAGCAUCGACGGAGACAAUCUUGGCCCUAUCUAAAGAUUGUAAUCUGUGUUUUCACUCUAUAUAUAUGCUAUGUAAAAACGCUUUUCAAUGAAAUUAAUCAAUCUUU